AUGGAGCCACAAACAUUUCAACUGUUUGAGUGGGUUCGCCAUGAAAUACUUAUUGCCACAACUGAGUCCGUCUACGGGCCUAAUAACCCAUUUAGAGAUCCAUCUAUGGAAAAGGCGUGGUAUGAUUUCGAGCCGAAAAUGGCAAUAUUCGCCCUGAAUCUAUGGCCAAAACUUUUCGCAAACAAGGCCUACCGGGCGCGCGAAUAUAUGGCUAGUGUUUGGGAGAAUUACUUCGAGAAAGGGUGGCACAACCAGAGCGCCGAGAUUACAAAAGCCCGCGUCAAAUUGCACACCGAUUUUCACAUUUCAAGCAAAGAAAAUGCAAGGAUCGAGAUCGGUGGCACCCAGACCGUCCUUUCAAACUCCAUCCCUGGCGCCCUAUGGAUGGUUAACCACGUUUUCGCCGACCAAUCCACCUUGUCCGAUAUCCGCACCGAACUGCUAAAGGGCGCCAAAAAGGAUACCGAUGGGACCUGGACUAUUGAUUCGGAUUUUGUUACGGGAUCAUGUCCCAUUCUCCUCUCCACGUUUAAAGAAAUGUUGCGCUGCUACGCUAACAAUACUUCGACACGACUCGUUAUGGAGGAUUACAUGCUUGACGGCUCCAUCCUCCUUAAGCGCGGCAGCAUCCUUAUGGUGCCAUCGCGCGUCCAGCAUACCGACCGGGAGGUUUGGGGCGCCUCUGUCGACGCAUUUGACCACCGUCGCUUUCUUCCUGCUGCUGAGAACAAAAAGGAUGGUGGCGGCGGCGGCAAACGUGGUGUCUACAACCGCGGCUUCGGUGGCGGCAAAACUCUCUGUCCCGGCCGCCAAUUUGCCACCGUCGAGAUUAUCAUGUUCGCGGCCCUCCUAGCACUCAAGUUCGAUAUCCGCCCGAUGAACGGCCCAUGGGUGACGCCCACGGCCGACAAGACGCCUGGGCAUAACGCCAUGAAGGUGCCCGAUUGGGAUUUUGAGGUUAUGCUUUCCCCUCGGGAAACUGAAAAGAAGUGGAAGGUGCUUUAUUCGGGUCAGGGAUUGAUGGAGCUGUCGGUCGAAGAUAUGGAUGGCACUGCAGUCGAUCGCAACAUGUAG